AUGAAGGGAGUACUUUCACUCUUUUCCUCGGAGAAGAUCGCUCUUGACACCCAGAACUGCAAGCGUGUAGAUGACUACGCCAAUGUGAUCGAAUCGCUCAACGUGAAUCUCAAGAACAUCCAGAAGAAGGGCCGCGGCUACCAAAAGUCUGAAGCGGCACACAUCGAUGAGGAGCGUUCGCUGCUGGGCGACAACAUGAUGGAGCUGGGCCGCAUCUUCAAGGCGGCCUACGACGAUCCCCUUUCCAUCCUUCUCGGCGAGUGCGUCACUGGCUUUGCUGAAUUCCAGCGCAGCUUCAGCGACGCCAGGAGCACCCUCGAGGGCGCCUUCGACAGGGGAGUGAUGAAGGCUGUCGACGCCUACAUCCUCGAGACCGAGAAGGCCAAGGAAUUGUUGAAGGAGCACCAGAAGAAGAUCGACGCGUACGGCGCGGCGAAGGCCAAGACCGCCAAGGAGAAGGCGGCCAAGAAGCAGAACCCCAUCAAGGUGGUUGAGGCCGAACGCGAGGAGUCGUCGGCCAAGCAGGUCCUGGAGGACAGCGAGCGCGACGUCCUGAACGCGCUCCAGCAGGUCCUUAAGAAGAACAACAAGGAAAUGCUCGCGGUGGUGACGUCGGCCUACGUGGCGGGCCUGCAG